GUCUCACUUUUCUCAAAUACCAUCUUGAAACGUUUUCUUUCUUCUGUGAAAAAAAAAAACCUAAUGGCUUCUCUAGAUAGUGAUAUUAACAUGGAGGAUUCCAGCGCCGCCGCAGCGCCACCGUGCCAACAUCCAUCUUCAUCAUCAUCAGCUCUUCCAAAGAAACCUAAGAGAUUUGAAAUCAAGAAGUGGAAUGCUGUCGCCUUAUGGGCUUGGGAUAUUGUUGUGGAUAACUGUGCUAUUUGCAGGAAUCAUAUCAUGGAUCUCUGUAUUGAGUGUCAAGCUAAUCAAGCUAGUAAUACAAGUGAGGAAUGCACUGUUGCUUGGGGUGUAUGCAACCACGCAUUCCAUUUCCAUUGCAUCAGUCGUUGGCUAAAGACCCGUCAAGUGUGCCCACUGGACAACAGUGAGUGGGAAUUUCAGAAGUAUGGCCACUAGUAGUAGGAUCGAGAGCAACCAAGCAUGGGAUUCGGUUAUCUGUGUUGUUUCUGUCACAGUGGUGUUAACCUUUGAACUUGAACAGAAAUAAGAACUUAAAAAUAGGAACUUUUCCGUGAUUUCCAUUUACUUGGUCUUUUGUUUCAGAGUUAGCUGAUCUCAUAUAUAUUAUGUUAGAUAUCAGUAUAUGAAAACGCUAUGAUUUUGAAUGAUUUGCUGUAUAGUUCUUUUAGGACGUUUUGCUUGGUAUGAAGGAAUGAUUUAUUACUUGUUUAUAUGAUCUGUGUUCUGUUGCUUUUUGUGGAA